CAGCUCUGAAGAGUGCAACAGCAGCAGCAGAGGACCAGAAAAGAAGACUAAACACGAGGCUGUGACUCUUGCUUCUUGGUCAAUACCAUGAUUCAGGCUCAAGUCUUCAUUUUAGGCCUCAUGCUCCUUCUUCCAGGUGCUGUGGAUUCUUACAGAGUAGUGAGGGGGCUGGUGGGUCACCCUGUCACACUUGCAUGUACUCAGGUAGCACCUGAUGGAGUCAAAACCACAUGUUGGGGCCGAGGGGAAUGCCCGCUUUCUCAAUGCGCAAACACGCUUAUCUGGGCCAAUAGAAAUCGAGUCACUUAUCAGAGGAGCCACCGAUACCAGCUCAAGGGGUAUAUUUCAAAAGGAAAUGUGUCCUUGACGAUAGAGGACGCUGUUCAGAGUGACAGUGGCCUGUACUGUUGUCGAAUGCAGUUGCCUGGAUGGCUCAGCGAUCUCAAAUUGACUUUUUCGUUGGAAGUUAAACCAGAAACCACUACAUUUUCUCCACAUCAGACAAGAGCAGAGGUGACAGAAACUCAAUUCUAUAUCCCUACAGAUUGGAAUAACACUGUGACUUCCUCUGAUGACUCUUGGAAUAAUUACACUGGAGAAAUCCCUGCACAGAAGCUGCAGAGGAACAGGACUAAGGGCUUCAGUGUUGGCAUCUCCAUUGUUGCUCUGGUGCUGAUGAUGAUUCUGAGCACCAUGGCUAUAACAAAGUAUGUGAUUAUGAAAAAGAAGUCGGGGUGUCUAAGCGGAGUCCACUGGCAGAGCUGAACAGUUCCGGAGUGGAGAAUGAGGACUGAAAGAAAAUAAAAAACCAACUUGACCACACACGGGAUCUGUUUGAGAAGGCUGCCUGUAGAAAUUGUUGGACAGGUUUAUUCCACUGGUCUGUUUUUAUAGUCAGAGCAAAGCACCUCAAUACAAUGAAGGGGUUCAUGGAGAAGGCAAACUUGUUUACCUCGACCACUUCUCUGUGUGAUCUUCACACAAACAGUGAACUUGGCAAAACAUCCUGCCUAUCCCUGGCUCCAGGUGAAGGCCAGGGUAAAAACAUGUUUUUCGCUGAGAGCUCAAUAACAAAGCAGCCUGACAAACAAGUUGCUCUCCACACCCUUUGAUAUAUUUCAUGUUUGUAAUUUUGUUAUACUAUCGAAAGAAAAAUCAUCAAUUGGUAGUAUUGCUAGAAAGAUCCAAGAUAAAUUUUGUUAACAUUUAAAAAACCUUGUUGAUUUUAUUGAAUUUUCUUUUAAUCUUAAACUUUCAAGACAUGAUUGAUUACCUUACCUAUAAUUGGUAGUGGAAUACUGCAUUACAAUAACUAUAUAUAUAUAUAUAUAUAUAUAUAUAUAUAUAUAAAUGUUGAGAUCUGGUCUCACUGUACAGCCCCAGCUUGCAUAAAACUUCCUGUAUAGACCAGGCUGGCCUUGAUCUCACAGAGAUCCUCUUGCCUCUGUACCUCAAAAGCUGGGAUUAAAAGUGUAUGUCACUUUUAUGCCACAUUUUACUAAUCAUUUAAAUUUAUGACACUUUACACAUCUUAUGAAGCAAACAGUCCUUUUCUGAUAGCUGUGUUUAUAAUUCUGAGAAAAGUGAAAAUGGGAUAUUGAGUAGUUGUCUGACUUCAGCCAUGUGCAUUUUCACUAAUAAAAACUAUUGUUUCUUCACUUUGAAAA